GAUACGUCUCCCAGGAAUACGUUUUCCCAGCUAAAACACGUAAACCACGGCACAAACCCCAUCCGAAGCCCGCACCUGAGGCGCGCGAAUCCGCCGCCGCCGCGCGCGCGAGAGAGAAAUGUCGCUCUGCUGCUGCAGCACCGCCGCCGGCCGAGGCUUCCUCCUCCCUGGCAUCCUACUCCGCCGGCGCUGCCUGCCCCGACACCCCCUCCUCAACCUCCGCUCCACCAGGACCGUCGCCUCCGCCGCCGCUGCCGCCACCAGCAUCUCCUCCCUCUCGCCGCCGCAGCAGCGCCAGGUCGCCGUCUACGUGGAAGCUCUCCUCGACUGGAACCAGAGGAUGAACCUCACCGCCGUCACCGACGAGGCCGAGGUCAUGACGCGCCACGUGGCGGACUCCCUCGCCGUGCUGCCCCCGCUGGAGCGUGCGUACCGCGCCCGUUCCACCACCGGCGGCGGCGACACCGACGGCGUCAGACUUAUCGACGUAGGUUCAGGGGCCGGGCUGCCGGGCCUUAUCCUCGCCGUUGCGAGGCCAAGCUGGAGAUUUACACUACUGGAGUCGAUGAAGAAGCGAUGCACGUUCUUGGAGCAUGCCGUUGAGGCCAUGGGGUUGUCAAAUGUUGAUGUGGUGUGUGACCGGGCGGAGAAUGUUGGCCAAAGUCUUGAUUACAGAGAAGCAUAUGAUAUAGCAGCUGCAAGAGCCGUCGCAGAACUAAAAGUUCUGGCGGAAUACUGCCUUCCAUUGGUUCGUGUUGGUGGUUUGUUCAUAGCCGCAAAAGGGCAUGAUCCCCAUGAAGAAAUAAAAAAUGCUAAAAGUGCUGUGCAGAAAUUGGGUGCUUCAAUGCUCGAAUUGUGUAGUGUUGAAUCAAUGGGACCUCAUGGUCAGCGGACAGCUGUUAUAUACUUUAAAGAACGAGCUACUCCAAGAAAAUACCCGCGUCUUCCUGGUACUCCUUCCAAAAUGCCAUUAUGAGACGGGUGUUAUUGUUUUGUUCAAAAAAAAAAGAAGCGUGUUAUUGUUGGUGCAGACUGUAGACCAUCUGAAAAUCACAGCUGAUCUAUUUCAGAGGUCAUCAACUGGAAGAUGUCUUUGUUAGAAGCAUGACAGUGUAAUUGUGCUACCUUGGAAUCAUAUCCUCCGUCUGCGGUUUUGGAUAAGUGACUUACCUUGUCCUACUCUUCGUAUAUUUAAACGGAGGGAGUAGUUUCUAACAGGAUUCAGCAACUGAGCUCGAUUAACUGAGUCUGAAAAGUUCAUUGGUUUUCAUUAAAAUGUCAGAACUGGAGAUUUUCAAGUAGCGCAAUAUAUCGAGGUGCCAAUUGCAUCAAAA